GUAGUCCACCGGAUGGCGCUGUUGAGUAUGUUUAACAAAAGCGAAGAAGGCGGCGUAUGAAACCUCGUGAAGCGGGAACUGACAAAAUGGACUGGGGUCAGAAUGAGCUGCCUUCUCCAGUGGUGCGAGAUGAUGAAGUGACAGUUGCUGCACGCAGGAGAAGAAAAAAGGUUGCCUUUCCAUCCCCUGGCAGUCCUAUUGCUUCAACAGUAACGCCAGCUCGUUCCCUUUUGAAAAAUACCCCAGCCUCUUUGUUUAGGCAGGCAGUAACUCCUAGGGUCCCAGAUGUUUCUUCCAUUUUGGCUCCUGGAGGUCGUACUCCACGAUACACACACACCCCAAGAGGUGUCCUCAGCAGCCUGAAUUUAGAUGACAGUGAUUGGACCAACAGCAUGUACAUCUCCCCUGGGUCUGGAUUGGAAAACAGUAGUUUUUUCACAGAUGACAUUACAAAUCUUAGCUCUGCCCUGCUAAAGGAGGAUGACCCUGGAGAGACAGCUGCUGUCAGUCUAUUUUCCGAUUUCCUCGGUUCCUUCCAGAAACAUUCUUUGUCUGCAGUAUUUGACCUGUUGGAGGAUUAUCAAGCCCUAUGUCAGAACAAGGUGGAUGUGCUUCAGUCUGUGGUCCUCCGAGCAGGUCAGAACAGUAAAACAGCAGGCGUAAGGUGGCUGCUGCAACAAGAAAAUUGUACCUGGAGGCUUAUUAACUCACUCUACAAAGAUCGGGUCCAGUUGGCUCUUGAAGAUGACAUCUUGAUGGAUAUAGGUGCUCCCAAUGAGAGUGAAAAAGUUGUGGUUCAACAGCUGUUUCAGAGAGAUGCUAUAAUACGACAAAGUCAGCUUGUGGUUGAUUGGUUAGAAAGCAUCGCCAAAGAUCAAAUUGGAGACUUUUCUGACAAUAUUGAAUAUUAUGCAAAGAAUGUCUGUUGGGAGAACACACUCCAUGCGUUAAAGAUGAGGCGAAAAAGUGGUACAGCAUUGACUGUUCCUCUAGUUACUGAGCUGGAUCCAGACGCCCCUUUCCGUCAGCAACGCCCUCUAGCUGACCUGGACAGAGAAGAUGAUGCUCGACUGCUCAAGAACUUGUUCACUCUCAUUAGAGCAGGAAUGACUGACGAGGCUCAAAGGCUGUGUAAGCGUUGUGGUCAGGCUUGGCGAGCAGCAACAUUGGAGGGCUGGAAGCUUUACCAUGACCCAAACCUCACCUCAGUUAAUCUAGAACUCCAGCCUGUUGAGGGAAAUCCCCAAAGAGGUAUCUGGAAGGCAUGUUGCUGGAGGAUGGCUGAAGAGGAGCAAAUAAACAGAUAUGAGAAAGCAAUCUAUGCCAGCCUAAGCGGAAAUUUGAAACCACUCCUGGCAGUGUGUGAGUCCUGGGAAGAUUAUGUUUGGGCACACUUCAGAGUGAUGGUUGACUCAUUGGUUGAAAAAGAAUUGAUAUCAUCAGGCAUGUCUCAUCAGGAGGUCGAGACGUUGCCACGUGAAUACCUUGAGGCAAAUUGGACAAUGGAAAAGGUAUUUGAAGAACUUCAAGCCUCUGAAUCCAAGAGGGUUCUGGAGGAGACGAAAGAGCAUUACCACAUUAUUCAGAAGUUUAUCAUCCUUGGAGAUUUGGAUGGUCUUUUAGAUGAGUUUUCUGAAUGGCUGAAUGCUGUCAAACCCCUACCCUCUCAUCUGCUGCGUUUUAUGACCCAUGUCAUUUUAUUUUUCCGUUCUCUCGGAUUAGCACUUAAGGAGGAGGUGUGUGUGAAUGUGCUGACGUCUUAUGUGUCCCUGCUGAUUCACGAUCAGCAAAUUGAGCUUGUGGCUAGCUAUGUUAGCCAACUCCCAUCUGACCUUGCCACAGUGCAGUAUGCUUCAUUUUUGGAAACCAUCACACAACCAGAGCUUAGACCUCGCUGCCUUGAACUUGGCACUGAUUCAGGCCUGGAUGUUACUGCAAUUACUAAACUUGUGGUUGAAAAUGUGAGGGAGAGAGAUGAAACUGAAUUUACUCAUCACAGCCAAACAUUGGACACUGGAACAACAAAGGAGGAUCAAAAGAAGAUUGAUGUCAUUGACUGGCUUCUGUUUGAUCCUGCACACCGAGCUGAGGCCCUAAAGCAGUCCAAUGCCAUCAUGAGGAAAUUUCUGGCUCUGCAGAAGCAUGAUGGUGCCAAAGCAGUGUUCUCUAAAGUUCCGGAGGAUUCAAUGAAAAAGAUUUACAGCCAGUGGAUGGCAGUCAGUGAUGCAACAAUGCCGGCUGAAGAUGAGAAUGCCAUCAGAGAACACCUGUGCAUUAGAGCCUACCUGGAAGCUCAUGAAGCAUUUACUGACUGGUUCAGUCAUAGUAGCUCUGCUCCCCAAAAGCCAGCACCUGCCCCAGAGGCCAAAUUCACUGAGAAAGUGGCAAAUGAAAUGAGGGAGAAAGAAUACCAGGCUGCACUAACUGCUUGGUCUUGUCGCCUGGAUGUUCUAACUGAAGAUGUGAAAGAAAGAAUCUACAAUGUGCUGUUAUUUGUUGAUGGAGGAUGGAUGGUCGACUGUCGACAGGAUGUGGAACAAGAUUCAGAGCGAAGCCACGAGAUGGCGACACUGCGUUCUCUCUGCCUUCCUCGUUUGAGUUUCUUGUUGCUUAGCGUGUUACAGAACUCCUCCAGGCAUCAAGAGGCUCUAAGACUAGCUGACAUUAUCUCCUCUGAUCAACAUAGCCUUUACCAGGUUUUCUCCAAAGAGGAGUUAAGACGGUUCCUUCAAAAGUUGCGAGAGUCCUCACUGUCAUUGCUGGACCGUGGAUUUGAUCCUCUUGGCUAUGAAUUGCAGUCCUGAAUGUGCUUUUCGUAUGUUGUUCUUAUAUUUGUGUAUAUAAAAAAAAAUAAUAAACUGAGUGUUUCAUGUUAC